AUGGCGGUCACCGUCCUGCCUGCCGAUUCCCUGAGCGAAUCCGUCAAGCUGGCAGUCCGGUCACCUUCGACUUGCUCCGCGACGACCGUGUCGUCCCUCCAAGCACUCCUACGCGGUGCGUCCCAACCGCCAGACGUCAAAUCGACUCGGAAGAAUACCUCCUCAAAAGACACUGCAUCCUCUCGAACGAAAUCCAUUCGGACAAAGGCCACCGUGAAGGGCGCGUCGCAAUCGCUGGCUGAGCAGGAUGCCGCGGGCUUGUCAAGCCAAGAACGGCUGGUUCUCGCGACGGAGGUGUUCAAUACGACAUUGAAGGCUCUCACCGAUGCAUCGAAGAAGACUCAGGCUUCUCCUGACAGUACACCGUCACGAGAGUCCAAGUCAGCUGGGCGAACAACGGGGAAAGCGUCAGCCACCGAGCUCGGAAUUCAUUCGGCGGCUGAAUGUGCCAGGUUGGCAUUGGCGACUCUGCGAAUGCUCAAGACGGACAGAAAUCAAGACAAUGGGCUUCCCAAUAUGCAGCUCGAGCAGGGUGUGUGCGUUUUGGUGGGCAAAUUGAUUUCCCUGGGACUCAAUGACCUGGCCUACAAGGAACUCAGGUCUCUCAAGCGGCGGAUCCAGCAAUACCUUGACCUGACAGCCGCCGGAAAGAAGAGAACAGACCCCAGAGAGGCACAGGAUGACGAAGCGGGAAAAGAACGCAUGUCUGAUUUGAUGACGUUUUCGAAUCUGACAAACGUGAAUUCCCUCUAUGGUCUUCUUGUUCCAUUUCACUCCAACGCAAUGCGCCUCAUUGCAGCGGACAGAAAAGCCUCCACAAUUCAGAAGCUCUGCCCGUUUUUACAGCUGUCUGACCCCAGCAGUCCAGCCCAGGUGAUCAUGGCUGCUGCAAAUUCUGGAAAUUUAUCAGAUGACAAGGCUGCUCUCCAACUGCAGUUGCUGGCGAAUACAGUCCUCUCGUUCUGCCCGCGUACCCCUCAAUCAUCCGAUAACGUAUCACCAUUGAAUCCCCUCACCACAAUAACUUUGCAACUGUUGUCUCUGGAAAUUCGAUGCUUGAGCUGGAAAUUGUCUGGCCAUGUGUGCGACGAGACCAAAGAGGUGUUGGAUCCAUUGGCUCGCUAUAUUGGAGGCUUCUCUCACCGCAGCAAAGGGAUUGAGAAAUCCGAAUUUGCCACUAUUUAUAAAACGAUAACCCGCCUUCAAUCUACCGUGGCAGAUUAUAAGAAGAAGACACCGGAUCAGCCUAAGAACAGUACCCCCUCUGCCAACAUCAUGGUCGUUCUCGGACAGCUUGCUUUGGACGCGGGCUGCUUUGAAGAAUCCCUGAAGUUGUUGAACCAAGCGGUUAUACCACUUUGGCAGAAUCAGAGUCUUUCUCUUGCUACCGUCCGAUGCAAGAUCGCGAUUGUCCACGUCAAAACAUCGAAAAGUUCGAAGGGCUUUUUAGAUGAAUUCUUGAAGUCAAUAUCCGAUGCCACUGCGGCACUGGCACUACAACUGAAAGGAAGCACCAACGACUUGGAUGAGCUGCUCGUCGAAGCUGCAAAACUCAAGAAAGUGACUCUCGCCUGGUUUGGAGACGCCAUCACUAAAACACUCGCCAAUGACAGCAAGGCAAAUGAAGUCUCCAACCAAAUCCGAGAAUACUUACAAGCAUUCUUGAGAUUUCUCAGGCGUUAUGUCGGCCGCGCACCCACCGAAGAUAAUGACAAGGAGACAAAGAUGUUCCUCGACCGCAUUGCCAUGUCUAAAAGCAUCGUGAUUGCCGCCGUGGACUCAGCUGUGGCUGUUGGAAAGUUGUCUAUAAUGUCACAGAGCCCGCCUUGGGAGGAUAUGCUUCCCAUCCUGAGCGAUUCCAAUCGUCUGCUGACGACCAUCGAGGCCGAAGCUAAGGAAUCUGAACAUAUCGGUGCAUCACUCACGAAAAUUUCCAAUCUUUUCUGGUCGCGAUAUAUCAAAGAAAAAGAAGCGGGACGAGGCUACCGAGAGCUUCUGCCUCUUCUCAAACAAUCAACCCACCUGCUGUCGACCUGCUCGCCUUCCCACAGAAACCAAGGUUUUGCUGCUUUGAAGUUCGAGAGAAUUGCUCAUCUGUACUUGGAUGGGAAUAUGCACAAUGAAUCCGAAAAAUCGUUUCGACAGUCAAUCAAAGAGUACAUCGACACCGGCACUUUGGAAAAAAUUGCAGAAGAUGGCGCAGCAGAUCUCAAAAUGGCUUGUCAGGAUCCCAAAAGUCAUGGUUUUAUGCUCGGCCGCGUGCUUUCUGCCUUUCUGAAGAUGAAACUGCGGCGAAAGGGCUCCAUCUCCUUUGCUCUCUACGAUGACACCGAACUGGAACAGGAGCAAAGGGGCAUGAUUCUCGAGUGGCAGAUGAGCUUGCUUGUCGAUAUGCAGGGCAGUUCCUCCAGCGAUGACGAUUUUCGUGCGACUCUCAGUCCAGUGGUCUCCAAUCUGCUUGAUAUCUACUCCCCCGACCUUUACCCUAUCCGCCGUCUUCGGGUGAUUAUUUCUGCUCUACGAUUUCUCCUGGAACGCCCGAGUGCCUUGGACUCGACAUUGCAUGAGAGGCUUUUGAACGAAGGCACCGAGAACUUGGGUUUCGAAAACGGCUUUGCAGAAGACACUUAUCUAGCUCGGUUCGCACCCCACACCGCAAAUUCGCUGCGUGUAAUUAUUGGCCUUCACCAGGGUAAGAUAGACGCGAGUGAGUUAGGCGACGUGCUUGCUUCAUGGACAUCCAUGGCCCGCCAAUGUCAGGACUUGGAUUCUCUCCUUCUCUGUGUGAACGAUACAGAGUACUGGGUUCUUCAGCUCAAAGCGCUGGUCGACUACACGGAAAUACACGGACUCUGGAAAGAACAGCUCAGCGCCCUUGAGUUGAUUAUACUUGCUGCCGAGUUUCAGCAGACUGGAGACCCCGAUGUCAUUAUCAUUUUGUCUCGGUUGGUCUUACAGAAUUGUCGACUUGGAUACUGCCAGAAGGCGGGUGAUCUCCUCUCCCGCGGUGAGCAAUACCUCGCCCAGCACAAGGUGCCUCCCCUCGCGACCAUCUCCUACAAGCUUGCACGAGCGGAAUACCUCCUCGAAACUGGAGAAGUUGACAAGGCCGUGUCUAUGCUGUCAACCGCCCGAGGACUGUAUGAGAAAAGCCAGAACUCGCGGGCGGACUUGUCGGUUUUGACAAAGAUCUCCUGGGAGAGGCUAGUGGCAGAUGCUGUUUUCAUUCAGUCGCGGCUAUUUUCAGCGCAGGGGUCGAUGACGCAGGCAUUGUACUUUGCCAAGCUCUCUGUACGAUUGAACUGUCGCAUCUGGGCCAAGGUCGAGAAGCUGGCGCAGAGAAAACAAGACAAAGCCUUGCCCGCAGCAGCUAGCUCCGAGGUUGAAGCAAUUGCUGAUGGAGUUGCCAAGCUUGAUUUAUCCCAGAAUGGAUCUUCUACAGACUUGUCUUCUACCAGCUAUAUUCAAGGAGCACCUUUCUGGCCGCACCUCGGCUCACAUCAUACCUGCUUGUUGAACCUCGCGACCUUGUCUGCCCAUCAUGGUUUGUUCCAGGAUGCCAUCUACUAUGGAGAGCAGGCAUUGAAGAUAGACAAGACUUUGGAUGCCAAUAUUCGACUCAUGGCAGCGCAGACUCAGCUUGGGAGCCACUGGAUUCUUGGAGGCAAUGCCACACAGGGCCAAGAGCUCCUUGCAGCCGCAGUGGAGUCGACCAAGCAAACCCAGACAAGUAUUGAGUCCGUUUCUCUGCAGAUGGCCCUCGCUUCGCUUUACAAGGAGCAAGGUCAACAUGAGAAGGCACUCCGCGUGCUUCUGGAGGCCGAUAAAAUCAUCACAUCAGUCACGUCCUCUGAUGUCCCCGGUGCAUCAGACGAUGUCGCAAUCCUUGAGGAAAAGAUGGACAACUUACGGGUACGUGGAAGCAGUCGCCGAGCUCAACCUGCUGCCACAGCCACAUCUACCGCCCGACGCACACGUGCAACCACGGCGACUACCAAGCGGGCGGCACCCGCAAAGAAAGACCUUUCCGGAGCCCAGUCCAAGUCUCUACUUCGGCUCAAAGGUAGUGUCCUCCAACAGCAGGCCGACUGCUUGCGAGCACUUCGCGAUUUUGAACGAUCUGCGCGCACGCUCGAUGAAGCACGACUGUUUGCCGUGGCACGAGAAAGCAGAGUGUCGCUAGAGAUUGGCGAGAGUGAGCACCUGCUAGCAGACGCGAUUCGACAUUUUGCCAGCCAUGCAGUCUACUGCGUUCUUCCCGAAUCUACCAUUUCACUACCCUCACUCAAAUCGCCGUCCAAGGCUGCACCCGAGAUCACCGUCAAAGCUUCAACUGCCAAAAGAACAAGGGCUCCUGCCAGAGGAACGCGCAGGGCCCAAAAGGCUACCGAGGAUUUCUCGAUAAUGUUAUCGAAAGCCGGAGAUUGUCUCAGCAGUGUCUUUGCUGAUGCAAGUAUUCUUGGCUCAACACUUGAUGGCCACGCUGCGUCUCGUCUGAUGAGCCGGAUAUCAAUGCUAUCGCAUGCUACUACUCCCGGAGGCCCAGCUACCUGGGCCCAGUCGCCUGCAAACAUGAACGAGAUUGGACGCGUUGGCGCCUUCGCCCGUGAACGCAUAGCAAUCGACAUCGAUCGACAACUAGCCGACUUUGCCGACCCUCUACUCUGGCCGACUUCGUCUGGUUCAACCGCUGAGCUAAACGAUGAGAUGUGCUCGAACUUCUCCAAAAACUACGUGGACAUCCUGCCCGAGAGCUGGAAUGUGCUUUCACUGUCAUUGAGUGCAGACCAGACCGAAUUUGUCAUCUCGCGUCUGCAGAAGAACAGUGCCCCUUUUCUUCUGCGACUUCCUCUCCGACGCGGCAACUCAGACGAGGAUGAAGAGCAGUUCACCUUUGAGGACGGCAAGGAAGAGAUGCAGGAAAUCAUUAAGCUGGCGAACGAAAGCGCGCACGCUGCCAAGUCUCAGACUAACAGACAGUCCAAGAAAGAGUGGUGGAAGAAUCGCGAAUCGCUCGACCGUCGUCUGGAAAGCCUUCUUCAGAAUAUCGAGAGCCUCUGGUUUGGCGGCUUCCGGGGUGUAUUCUCGCCGCUGUCCCGGGAGACGACUGCCCUGGCUCGCUUCUCGAGCUCUUUCCAGGACAUCCUCGACAAGCAUCUUCCUUCCCGGCAGAAAGGUGGCAAAAACUCUGGGCCUCAGCUGACGCUUCACCAGAACGUGGUAGAGUUGUUCAUCGGUCUGCGAGAUCUGGAAGCGCAGGAGGAGCCUGAGGAUACGCUGAUGGACCUACUCUACUUUGUGGUGGAUAUUCUCCAGUUCCAAGGAGAGCGCAACGCCUACGACGAGAUCGACUUCGACAUGAUGGUCGUUGAUACUCUGGACGCGCUGCGCGGCUACCACGAAGCCGCGCGAGAUGAAUUGGCCGCACGCUCUGCGAAUCACACGGUCCUGGUGCUGGACAAGGCUCUGCAUUUGUUUCCAUGGGAAUCUCUUCCCUGCCUGCAAGGCUUCCCCGUGUGCCGUGUACCAUCCCUAGAGUGUCUACGAGAGCGCGUCCUCCAGUUCGGGAGCUCCCGAUCUACCGCCGUGGCUGAUCGCACCUCGGGCAGUUUCAUCCUCAACCCAACCGGUGACCUGCGCACAACGCAGAAUACCUUUGAGAAAGACCUCGUGCGCCUCGAAUCCUGGACAGGGAUCAUCCACCGCGAGCCAACAGAAGACGAAUUCCGCGCCUCGAUCGAAUCCAAGAGCCUGUUUCUGUAUUUUGGGCACGGGAGCGGCGCGCAGUACAUCCGCGGGCGCACCAUCAAGCGGUUGAGCCAAUGUGCCGUCGCUUUCCUCAUGGGUUGCAGCAGCGGCACGUUGACUGAGGCCGGCGAGUAUGAGCCCUACGGCACGCCGAUGCAUUAUCUGCACGCGGGCAGUCCGGCGCUGGUGGCUACGCUGUGGGACGUCACGGAUAAGGACAUUGAUCGGUUUGCAGCGUCGGCGUUUGAGCAAUGGGGGUUAAUGGGAGGAGUGAAGCGCUCGGGAGUCGCGCUGGACGAGGCGGUUGCGCGGUCUCGAGGGAAGUGUGUAUUGAAGUACUUGAAUGGGGCGGCACCGGUGGUGUAUGGCGUGCCGGUGAUGUUACAAUAA